CUUUUAUUUUGUGUGGCGAUGUGAUGUCAUAAGUCUGCGCCGAUCGUGCAUCAGUGGAUAUGCUGAAGAAAGGACAGUGUCCAGAAAAACUCCUGAUGAAGUGACUGAGAUCAACGUGACACACUAUUAUAAAGAUGUCGUUUAUUAAAGAGGAGAGUGAAGACGUGAAGAUUGAAGAAACAUUCAGUGUCAAACAUGAAGAUAAUGAGGAACAAACAGACCUGAUUGUGCCGAAAGAGGAGAGUCAACAACUGAAUGAAAUUGAAGAGGAAAAUGCAUUUAAGAAACAUAAUGAUUUAAUGACUGGAGAGAAGCUUUUCACAUGCCGUCAGUGCGGAAAGUGUUUCAGUCAAAAACAUAACUUUGCAAUCCACUUAAAAGUUCACACUGAGGAGAAGGCUUACGCAUGCCAACAGUGUGGGAAGAGUUUCACCAGAGGAGGAAACCUUACAGCCCACUUGAAAGUUCAUACUGGAGAGAAGCCUUAUGUCUGCCAACAGUGUGGGAAGAGUUUCACUCAAAAAGCACACCUUAAUAAACACAUGAGAGUUCACACUGGGGAGAAGCCUCACACCUGCCAACAGUGUGGGAGGAGUUUCACCAUAAAAGGAAACCUUACAGCCCACAUGAAAAUUCAUACUGGAGAGAAGCCUUAUAUCUGCCAACAGUGUGGAAAGAGUUUCUCUGAAAAAGGAUAUCUUAAAGUCCACAUGAGAGUUCACUCUGGGAAGAAGCCUUAUGCAUGCCAACAGUGUGGGAAGAGUUUCACUCAAAAAGCACACCUUAAAAAACACAUGAGAGUUCACACUGGGGAGAAGCCGUUCACAUGCCAGCAGUGUGGGAAGAGUUUCUCUCAAAAAGUACACCUUGAAAAACACACGAGAAUUCACACUGGGGAGAAGCCUUACGCAUGCCAACAGUGUGGGAAGAGCUUCACCAUGAGAGGAAACCUUACAGUCCACAUGAAAAUUCACACUGGAGAGAAGCCUUACACCUGCCAACAGUGUGGGAAGAGUUUCUCUGAAAAAGGAUAUCUUCAAGUCCACAUGAGAGUUCACACUGGGGAAAAGCCUUACGCGUGCCACCAGUGUGGGAAGAGUUUCACUCAAACAGGAAAUCUUAAAACACACAUGAGAAUUCACACUGGAGAGAAGCCGUUCACAUGAGAUCAGUGUGUAAAGAGCUUCACAACAGAACUAAACCUUAGGUCUCACAUGAAAAUUCACACUGGAGAGAAACCGUUCACCUGUCAUCAGUGAGGAAGGAGUUUCAGUCAUAUCAGUAGCCUCCGCGUUCACACUGGAGCAAAGCCUCACACCUGUAAACUGUGUGGGAAGAGCUUCACAUAAAAAGCUAAUCUUACAGCUGACAUUAGAAGUCACACACACUAUAAACCCGGAUAAGUAGAAUCUACAUAAAAAUGGGUUUAAGUAAUGAAGCAUUAGUUGAAUAAGUGAAGUGGACUACGUUCAAUGUACUUGCCCAUAAUGGAAUGGAACAGAACAUUUGAUUCAUUAGUACAAGUUGAAUGUACUAAUGGCUGAAUUUCAGUAACUGAAGAUACUUAGUUUAACCCCCAAGGUCUUUUUGGGGUCCUUGAGAUGUUCUGCCAUGCCCUGACAUUUGUGCUUUUUUCAGUUGCUUAUAAACAUAUUAAU